CCUGGGUCCUCUACGUGUCAGCCCAGCAGAUUCGAUGGACCAGGAAUCCAACCGGUCAGGAGUGGGCAGUGAUGAUGAUAGUUCAUCCCUGGUGGACCUCAGGCUGAGCUCAGAGGAAGAAAGCUCUGAAACUCCAGGGCCGUGUCUUUCGGUGCCUCAGGCUCCUCUGCAGAGCUACAAGCAGAGGCUGGAGGAGUUCAGGAGGCUGUUCAAAGAACUGCCAGAAUCAGAGAUGCUUAUAUUGGACUACCCGUGUGCCCUCCAGAGAGACAUCCUCCUUCAGGGACGCCUCUACCUCUCAAUGAACUGGGUCUGUUUCUACAGCAAUGUGUUUCGUGGAACGAAGAUCAUGUUGACUCUUCGAGACAUCACUAGUAUAUCCAGAGAGAAAAUAGCUCGACUGAUCCCUAACGCCAUCCAGAUCUGCACAAAUACUGAGAAGUUCUUCUUCACUUCCUUCUCAGCGAGAGAGAGAAGCUAUCAAAGUGUUUAUCGCAUGUGGCAAAACACUUUGAUGAACAUACCCCUGACCAGCCAGGAGGUGUGGCAGAUGGUUAAACAGCACUAUGGGUGUGAUCUGGGUCUGACCAGUGAAGAGAUGGAGAGUUUACAGUUAUCAACAGAAGCAAACAUGCAGACCAGCCCACCACAGAAGCCUGCUGGGGAUGAUGGUUCUGUGAAAUUGGAGCGACCACAAUCCCUUCGCCUCCCUGCCAUGGACACUGGGCCUGUAGAGAGCUCGUCACCUCGAGAGGAGUUCCCCUCCCCUGUCAUCUCACCAAAAACUAACACGGAUGAGUCUCGCAACGCUCAGUUCAUGCGGCGCAGUCCCGUUCUGUCGCUGGAGGACCGGCUCGCGCCAGAAAGAAUCUCUAAACGUUCCUCGAACUCUCUUGACCUCAACGCCAACGAGAACGGCGUUUCUGAGCAAAGCGGCUCCGAAAGCAUAGAAGAAGAGGAACGACUCAGUCUGUCUGAGGUGCCGGGUCGGCUGUAUCUCAACAGGAUUUUCCACAUAAGUGCAAACAAAAUGUUUGAGUUGCUCUUCACCGACUCGAGCUUCACUCGCAAGUUUAUGAACGCUCGUAAGAUAACGAAUCCCAGUCUUAAUACCUGGCAAAAGGACGCCUCAGGAAACAUGAAGCGGACCCUAAACUACACGAUAACCAUCAGCAACCCGCUGAUCGGAAAGUUCUCCACUGCUACGGAGAACCAGACUUUGUACAAAGAAUCCAAGGAGGGUCAGUUUUACAUAGUUGAUUCAGAGGUUUACACGCAUGACGUUCCCUAUCAUGACUACUUCUACACACAAAACCGGUACUACAUCAUAGGCAUCUCCAAGCGGAAAUGUCGACUAAGGGUGUACACUGAUGUGAAGUACAGGAAACCAACAUGGGGCCUAAUCAAGUCCUUCAUUACAAAAAACUCCUGGAGCGGUAUCGAGGAUAAUUUCAGACAGCUGGAAGCAGAACUGCUGGAGGAGGAGGCAGAGAUGACCCAAACGGGAGUAGAGCCAGGAAAGAUUGGAGGACUCCGGAGGAGGCGGCGAACGUUCAGCCGGACUCUAUCGGAGCACAUCAAGCCCAUUAAGCAGUACGGGCAAGAUCCUGAACCAAGAGACGGAAACAUAGGCCCCAUGGAUAUGGCGGGCCCGUACAGGUUGAACACGACUACAAUAGUGGCUUGCAUGAGUGUGAUUUUGCUGAUCCUGAUGGUGCUGAAUCUGGGCCUGUUCUUCAAGUUGUGGGCCAUGGAGGACGUGGCCCACCGUAUGUACUUGACCACAAAGCAUCGACUGAAAGAAAGGCUUGAAGCCAGCUUCACGCCUGAAUACGGUCCCAAACAGGGGCCGAGGUUCAGGACCAAUGAGGACAUGCGUCUGCUGAAAACUGUACUCCAAGACUCCAUUAAUCUUUUAGAACAGCUCCGCACCUCCUUGAUGGUGCUCCAGAAGAACUUUGCUUUGGCCAAUCGAACGGCAGCACGUCGUUGAAUUUACCUGCACCAGUUUGUGUGGAAACCCAACUGAGCCACUGAGACGGUUUGCCUCUGAGGAAGUCCCCGCCACCCACAGGAUGUUGCUCUGUUUGCUUCCCCAGAUGUGCCAUGUGUUGCCAAGGAUUGCACAACAGAUGCCAGGAUGCUUUUUUAAAUUUUAUUUUAAACCUGCAAACUGACUGCUGGGAUGAUGUUCAAUCAGAAUCGGCUGCACAUG